AUGCCCCGCAUUAAAAAUCUCAGUUCCCGAGACGUACUCCGUGCGCCAUUCCCAAGCCUCUUAGUAGGCUCCUUCCACACAACCAGUAGUGCUCUGCACCAAAUACGAUUCACGGGGCGAUUGAGGCGAUGGACGAACUUCGCACACAAUGCAAUUGCCCAUAUGUCCUCCAAUAUACGUUGGAGCCGGCUCACCCUCGACGUGGCUAUGACUGGCCCGGGUGUAGAACUCUCCGUAUCGCGAGAGCAGCUAGUAGUGGGAGAUGAGAACGGCGUUCAGGGGCGUUUGAAUGAACGCCUUUGUCGUCCAGUAACCUCCUGCCUCCAAGUGCAGGGCCACAAUCUACGAUGUGGGGACUUCAAGGCGGGAAAUUCAGCAGCACAAGCCGCAAGAGUUCCAGACACAGUCAUGCUUAACGCCAAUGCCGCCAUCAAGGUCGUGGGAGAAGUUAAGACUCCAUGGGCCCGGACCCACGUCAAAAUGCUGAGCCGUGGGGUGGAAAUGUUUGAGGAGGGGAAUGAAGGCAGGCUUCGCCAUAUACUUGGCCAAGUCUCCCGCUAUAUGCAGGACCAAGGCGUAUGUUAUGCCUUUCUAUCAACAUACAACGAAACGAUGUUUCUGCGAAAGUACUCUCCCGUGGCCAUAUACGACGACGAGUAUGACACCGGAAGUGGGAAGAUUACCACGCGACAAGGGUUAUUCUACCUAGCCCUACGGGCAGAAUUUGGACCCGCGUUUGCUACGAACGUGCCAGGCAAUCAGCAGUGGACGAGUUGA